UCGGCUGCGCCUCCUGGUGAACUGCAGUCCCCGGCAACGCGCAGGUUUCAGCGCCUCUUAACGGAUUCAGCGGUAGCGGCGAUUAUUCCUGGAUUACAGAGAAACCAGUUACCGCGGGGCUGGAGCUGUGUCCUUGUUGUAAAAGUUUGGUGCAAGUUUACCGCUGAAUGAGUCGACAGCUGAAGCUUGGCAGACUUUCCAGCCUGUGGUUAUGGAAUAGAGGAGCGCAGAGGGGCCAGGCGUUAGGCCUGCGGAUAUCUAACGUUAGCUAGCUGAGCUAGCUGAUGUGAAGCGGUCUGUCCUUGUUUGGGUCGCCGUGCUAACUAGCUAGGUGCUAUUUUUGUUAGCAUAAUAGAUAGCCAGCCAGGGCUGCUAGCUUGUUUUGAUGCGGAUAUAUUGAGGGAACCUGGCGGGGUCCACCACAAUUACACGUUUCCUGAACUUUCUAGAAGUUUUAAUUUAAUCUUCUAAGCUGACGUUGUAUAUUAAGGAAGCUAGGUGAGCUAAGUCUUUGUCCUACAGAGUUGAGAUUUUAAUUUGCUUGGUGUUAAAUUAAUCAGAUUUUUUUUUUUACAAGGGAUUGCAUGUUGAUGGUCAAAUAUCAGUUAGGCGCAGUCCAGACCACACAGUCUCUCUUCCCCUCUACGGGACUUGAGUUAACAUCUUUUUCGGUCCUUCACAACCCGUCCCACCGACCACAGUCUCCUAUCUUCGGCCGGCAUCAGUGGCUGGCCACUCGGCACUGAGUGCCCAAUGGAGGAACAUGACAACAUGGACUAUUUUUACCAGCAGGUACUGCAGAAAGAUGUGACCCGCAGAUUGCAGGUCGGUCAGGACCUCAUUGACUACCUGAACGACCCUCAGCGCUCCCCAGACGUGGAGCAGGACAAACCCCGACUGGAUAAGACCAUAGACGAGCUAACGGGAUGGGUGAACUCCAGCAAUUUCAAGGUGGCACUGAUGGGGAUAGACAUCUGCAGUGCGUUUGUGGACCGCAUGGGAGAGAGGUUCAAAGGAUACCUGGGCACAAUUUUGCCAGCUUUGGUGGACAGGCUGGGCGAUGGGAAGGACCAGGUUAGGGAGAACAGCCAAGCUCUUAUCCUUCGCUGCAUGGAGCAGACCACCUCGCCCAUGUAUGUUUGGGAAAGGCUGCUUCCUGGUUUUAAACAUAAGAACUUCCGCAGUCGAGAAGGAGUCUGCCUCUGUCUCAGUGCCACGCUCAACACAUAUGGAGCUCAGCCACUGAGCCUCAGUAAAAUAGUUCCUCAUCUCUGCUCUCUGACUGGGGAUCAGAACCCACAGGUACGUGAGGCCUCCAUAACAACACUGGUGGAUGUUUAUCGUCACGUUGGGGAGAGGGUCAGAGCAGACGUGGGAAAGAGAGGACUGCCUGCUGCACGGUUACAGACAAUAUUCACUCGUUUUGAUGAAGCCUUGAAUUCAGGCAACAUGGCUCUCAGCCCAAGUCACGAUCGUAGUUUUGAGGAUGACGACAGUGUGGAUGGGAAUCGCUCUUCUUCAGCCCAGGCUGCCUUCAAAGUCCCAAAAGUACCCAAGAAGCCUGCAGAGUCCUCUGCUGCACGCAGGCCCAGUGCUACUGGUGGCAAGCUAGUAUCUAAGGAAAGUGCCGGGGCAGUUGAUGAAGACGAUUUCAUUAAAGCCUUCACAGACGUCCCUACUGUCCAGAUCUACUCAACAAGAGAUCUAGAGGACAACCUGAACAAGAUCCGUGAGGUCUGCUCCGACGACAAACACGACUGGGACCAGAGAGCCAACGCUUUGAAAAAGAUCCGCUCACUGCUGGUGGCAGGCGCAGCCAACUACGACUGUUUUUACCAGCACCUACGGCUUCUAGAUGGAGCUUUCAAACUGUCAGCUAAAGACCUACGCUCGCAAGUGGUUCGAGAGGCCUGCAUCACUGUGGCUCACCUCUCGUUAGUGUUGGGGAAUAAAUUUGACCAUGGGGCGGAAGCCAUUGUUCCGGUCCUGUUCAACCUCAUCCCCAAUUGUGCCAAAGUCAUGGCCACCUCCGGUGUGUCGGCUAUCCGCAUCAUCAUACGGCACACCCACGUCCCUAGGCUCAUCCCUCUGAUAACUAGUAACUGCACAUCCAAGUCUGUGGCUGUUAGAAGGCGCUGUUAUGAUUUCUUGGACCUUCUGCUACAGGAAUGGCAAACCCACUCUCUAGAGAGGCACACAGCAGUUCUGGUUGAGAGCAUCAAGAAGGGAAUUCGAGAUGCAGACUCAGAAGCCAGAGUGGAGGCCCGCAAGGCCUACUGGGGUUUGAGGAACCACUUUCCAGCGGAGGCCGACGCUCUCUACAAUUCAUUGGAGUCAUCGUACCAGAGGACCCUUCAGUCCUGCCUGAAGAGCUCUGGCAGCGUGGCCUCACUCCCCCAGAGUGACCGUUCCUCAUCUUCCUCUCAGGAGAGCCUCAAUCGGCCUCUGUCUUCUAAAUGGUCAGCAGCUCCAGGGCGAGUCCCUGCGGGUUCAAAGGGUGGGGUGUCGUCAGCCUCCCUGCAGCGUUCCCGUAGCGACGUGGAUGUAAACGCAGCAGCAGUCGCUAAGCACCGGCACGUCGGACAGGCCAGGGGAGCAACCCGACUGCCCCCUGGCUCCUACUCCUCACUGGGGACCAGGUCAGACAAUGGCCGUGUUCGUACCAAGCAGCCGCUGUCCACUGCCAGCAGCAUGUCCAGCCAGGUGGACUCACGAGGACGCAGCCGCACCAAGAUGGUCUCCCAGUCACAACGUUCCGACGAAUCCGAUUGCACACCAGCUGGCAGUCGGAGCGGCUCCCCUGGUCGUGUGCUGACGAGUACGGCCUUGAGCACCAUGAGUUCAGGGGCCCACAGGGUGCUGGCGAGUGCCAGCGGGGACGGACACAGACGCAGCCGCAUCCCCCGCAGCCAGGGCUGCUCCAGAGACUCUUCCCCCACCCGCCUGUCUGUUGCUCCUUCCAGCAUUAGUUCCAUCUACAACGGAGCGAGUAGAGGAGCUCGGGGCAGUCGUAUCCCUCGGCCCAGUAUGAGUCAGGGCUGCAGCAGAGAGGCCAGCAGGGAGAGCAGCCGGGACACCAGCCCCGUACGCUCCUUCACACCACUUGCAACGCGGAGCUACUCUCGCUCCACCGGAGCUCUCCACACACCUGACGCUUUUGGGGCUGCAGGAUCAGGUUUUGGCAUUAGUCAGUCCAGUCGUCUCUCUUCUUCAGUCAGUGCCAUGAGGGUCCUGAACACAGGCUCAGAUGUAGAAGAGGCUCUCGCAGAUGCACUGCUGUUGGGAGACAUGCGGUCUAAGAAGAAGCCGGCACGGCGGCGGUACGAGAACUACGGUAUGUACUCUGAUGAUGACGCUAACAGUGACGCAUCCAGCGCCUGUUCAGAGAGGUCCUAUAGUUCCCGAAACGGAGGAGCCAUCCCGACUUACAUGAGGCAGACAGAAGACGUGGCUGAGGUGCUGAAUCGCUGUGCCAGCGCCAACUGGUCUGAGAGGAAGGAGGGGCUGUUAGGCCUACAAGCACUACUUAAGAACCAACGCACCCUCAGUCGAGUAGAGUUAAAGAGACUGUGUGAAAUCUUCACCAGGAUGUUUGCAGACCCUCACAGUAAGCGAGACUCCGGCAGGGUGUACGGCACGGCAGAAUCCGGUAUAAGCUCGGCCUCCUUCAAGAGAGUGUUCAGUAUGUUCCUGGAGACACUGGUAGACUUCAUCCAGGUCCAUAAGGACGACCUGCAGGACUGGUUGUUUGUCCUGCUCACACAGCUGCUGAAGAAGAUGGGAGCUGACCUGCUGGGCUCCGUACAGGCCAAAGUUCAGAAAGCCCUGGAUGUCACACGAGAGUCUUUCCCCAAUGACCUCCAGUUCACUAUUCUCAUGAGGUUUACCGUCGACCAGACACAGACGCCCAACCUCAAGGUGAAGGUGGCCAUUCUGAAAUACAUCGAGACGCUGACGUUACAGAUGGAGGCUCCAGAUUUUGUGAACUCCAGUGAGACUCGGCUCGCCGUCUCCCGCAUUAUCACCUGGACGACUGAGCCCAAGAGCUCUGAUGUCAGAAAGGCAGCCCAGUCGGUGCUAAUCGCCCUGUUCCAGCUCAACACUCCAGAGUUCACCAUGCUGCUGGCAGCUCUGCCCAAAACCUUCCAGGACGGAGCCACCAAGCUGCUUCAGAACCAUCUGAAGAACACUGGCAACGCUGCACAGGCAACAAUGGGCAGCCCUCUGACGCGCCACACUCCCAGGUCUCCAGCCAGCUGGUCCAGCCCGGUCACUUCCCCCACCAACACCUCCCAGAACACCCCCUCACCAAGUGCUUUUGACUACGACACAGAAAACAUGAACUCGGAGGACAUCUACAGCUCGCUGAAAGGUGUCACUGAGGCUAUCCAGAACUUCAGCGUCCGAAGCCAAGAGGACAUGAAUGAACCAGUCCACCGGCGGGAAGGAGAAGAGGGUGGCAGCGGGACAGAUGGCAGAAUGUCAGACUUGAUGGACGGCGGCCGCAUGGCUCUGGACAACAAGACAUCCCUCCUCAAUACCCCCCUGCUCUCCUCCAGCCCCAGAGGGGCCCGCGAACACUUCUCCGACUCUCCCUUUAAACAUAGCCGCAAAGACAGCAGCCUGGAUGACCCUGAGCGUUCCACUGACGACAGCAGCCUGGACCAGUCAGAGCUGGUGGCCGAGCUGCUGAAGGAGUUAUCCAAUCAUAACGAGCGCAUUGAGGAGAGGAAGGCGGCGCUGUGUGAGCUGCUGAAGCUGAUUCGCGAAAACACCCUGCAGGUGUGGGAUGAACAUUUCAAGACCAUCCUGCUGCUUCUGCUCGAGACGAUGGGCGACAGAGAGCAUGUGAUCCGAACACUGGCUCUGCGGGUGCUGAGAGAGAUUCUCAGCAAGCAGCCCUGGAGGUUCAAGAACUACGCAGAGCUCACCAUCAUGAAGGCCCUGGAGGCUCACAAAGACCCUCACAAGGAGGUGGUACGAGCAGCGGAGGAGACAGCCGCCAUGUUGGCGUUGUCCAUUAGUCCAGACCAGUGUAUCAAGGUGUUGUGUCCCAUCAUCCAGUCAGCUGACUACCCCAUCAACCUGGCUGCCAUCAAGAUGCAGACCAAAGUGGUGGAGAGGAUUCCCAGAGAGAGCCUGAUCAGCCUGCUGCCUGAGAUAGUGCCAGGACUCAUACAGGGUUAUGACAACUCUGAGAGCAGUGUGAGGAAAGCCUGCGUGUUCUGCUUAGUGGCCAUUCAUGCAGUGAUCGGAGAGGACCUCAAACCGCACCUCAGCCAACUCUCCAGCAGCAAGCUGAAGCUGUUGAAUCUGUACAUCAAGCGUGCCCAGUCCGGCUCCAGCGGCAGUGAACCCCCAUCCGAGGGCCUAUAGGAGACACAGCGCCCUCCCACAGGGCAACCACAGAACUGCAACUCUGCCCACCAAACAUAAAACAUCUGUUCAUGUGCUCACACCUCCCGAGAACAAAACACACAACCUAACACUCUUCCCCAGGAGCAAACCGCUUACAUCUACACAUACGCUUGCACACCGGACAGCAGAGUGGCGCGCACACACACACAGAUACACACAGUUCUCAUACAUUUACUGCCACACUGCAAGAUGGGAGCUGUGGUGCAGAGGAGAAGAGUGUUGUAGUUCUCCUGACCACCGCUGGAGAUCCACCCUGAUCCCAGACUGAACUGAACCCUUCAAUUUGCAUUAAACAUAAACAGUCACACACUCUACCCAGGUCUGUCACUAAUCAAGGAUGAAGAUAUUAAAUAUCCGUCCUGUCCACUGUCCUCUGUAUCUUGAACACAACAGUAUCCCCUCUGAAUAACAUCUUAAUGUCAACAGGAAGUGGUGCAUCUGCAUGGCUCUCGUUUUUCUUGGGGAGGGGGGGUUGGGAAGCGGGGGGGUUAAUAUUCAUCAAACAGCACUGAGACGAAGAAGCGAUGCCGUCUUUGUUUCCUUCUGGAACAGUGAGUAACUGGGGCCAGGUAGACAGGAAUGUAAAUUUGCGUUGUGUCAUAGUUUGGAUUUAUUUUACGCAACAAGGUUUUACCACAGCAGUUUUUAAUGUCUGGAGUUUUCUCUCGCGCGCGCUCACACAUAAACACACGUUCUCUCUCUCAAAAGGUGCUGAUGAGCCGAAAAGGUACGACCGACCAACCCUGCACAGUACUAACGCGAGUCACAGUGGGUCAUGCCUGCUCAUAGCAAACACAGUACAUAGGCAGAGUCCAAAGUAUAGGAGGCGUUAUGUGCUUGGCUAUGCAUGAGACUAAAUUUAAAAGAGAAUAACUUUUUAUCUGGGUCCUAUUGACAGUCAGAAUAGCGUGACUGGGGUUUUAAAUUAAUGUGAAAACGUCCACCCCUUUCAGAUUAAUUCAUGGUGUCCUCCAUUUCUCCCAGCUCAUCUUGGAACAGUCCACUUCUGGGCAACACUGGGGGGAAGAUGGGUGCGUGCUGCUUACUACAUGAAGUAUGACAGGACAUGGCUUAUUAUCACAUAGUGGAUAUGUAUCUAUAUAUGAUAUUAAAAUGGAAUACCCAGUAACAGUGUCAUUUAGGAGAGUCGCCCAGGGGGAGGGUGCACACGCGCACCUGUGCCCAUCCUUGUUUUUAUUUUUUCCUCUCUUUCUCUCUUACUCUCUCUCUGUUGCGCGUGCUGUAGUCUCUCUCUCACACUUAUUUUUCUCUGCUGAGAAAUUUGUAGAAAUGUAUUAUUUACAGCUCUGAAA